UUUAAAGUUCCUCUCUUGAGCAGACAGGGCUUGCUUGAGCUUCUGCUUCUCUCUUGUCUAGUUGCGGUAUGCCUUGCUAGUGACCACUGGACUUAAAGUUCAAGUACACGGGGAUCUUCUCUGUCUCUGCCUCUAUCUGUCUGUGUUCCUGUCGUUUCUGUCUCUUCUGUGUCCCUCUGAGGUUCAAAGUUCAGGUUGAUCAACCCUCCGAUUGGACCGAAUCAAGCUUAUCCCUGGGUUGGCCUCCCAACAGCGUAUGUUAGCCACCGGUGUUCAACUUGAAUCCGCGUUUUAAAGCCCUUUUGCCAUGGCUGCUCAAGAGCUGGGUCACAAUCUGCCGGAGCGACCUCCUUCCAGCGCCAGUUCGGCUUCUUCGACAUCCUCGUACCACGCCUGGUCCCGAUCGUUCGUCGAUCUCUACACCAUCACCCACGAGUGGAACAUUGAGAACUUCAUCGAGCUAGAUGAGGAGAUCCAAGUGGUGUUCCGUAUCAAUGGGAUCGACUCGGGCGAAUCCACCGAGAACCUCAAGUUCAAAAUGAGCAUGAAGCCCAAGUAUGGGGACAACAAGGAUUUCAUCUCUAUCUACGCCCAUAACCUAAACCGGAAGGAUCUCCGCUACAGCUUGGUCUUCAAUUUCAUGAACAAAAAGAAUGAGAAGGUCAUUUCUCGACGAGCCGACACACGGGUGCACAACUCCAAUGAAUCCUGGGGAUUUCCACGGUUCUGCUCGCGAUCAGAGGUGGUGGAUAAUGCGGAAGAUAUGCUGCCCAAUGGCAAGUUGACCAUCGUCUUAGAGAUUGGCGGAUUCAAGCAAAUCACGUCCAGAUCCGACUACCAGAAGGUUCGAGACACCCUCACCGUGGACGAUUUGGCCAACCUUCAGAGGGACAUGACCGUGGCGUACGAAGAUAUGAUUCAUUCUGAUUAUUCAUUAAAGUGCCAAGGUGUGGAGUUUCCUUGCCACAAGUUCAUUUUGGCCAGUCGAUCCGAUGUCUGGAGAGCCAUGUUCAGUCAUGACGUGAAGGAGACCCAGGAGAACUGCCUGGUCCUCGACGAUACCUCACCCGAGGCCUUGCGACAAUUCGUCAAGUUCCUCUACACAGACAAUUUUGAUGAUGUCACCUACAAGACCGUCUCGCAGUUGUUGCCCUUGGCUGAGAAAUACAACGUGAAACGCUUGGUCGUGAUCUGUUGCAAGCACCUCCUUAAGCUUGUCAGCAUUGAUAAUGUCUCCGAGAUUGCCGUCCUCGGCCAUGUUUACAAUGCUGAACUCUUGCGUCAAAAGGCCACCGAGUAUAUCUGCCAAUACCCGGAGGCCGUCAUGAAAACCAGCGGAUGGCAAGGUCUCCUUCAAAAUGCUCCCGACGUGUGUUCGGCCAUCAUAACCCGUCUAGCCCGAUGUAGUAUCGAUAUUGAUACGGACGAAGUUAAAAAACAAGGACGAGGUUGAGGGAUGUACAAAUAUCCGUAUUUUAACGUCAGAGGGGCGAGACCUGUUAUUUUCGCGUCAGGGAGUCUGUAUUGUCAAAUAUUCCCCACCCAACCCCAAUGUCUGUUAAACCGCUGUUUCAAUGUGCUCCAAUUUCUGGCAGUAAUAAACCUGGAUUUAUUACAGA